GGUACAAACCAAGUGGUGGCACUUUUGCUACCCCUGCGGAGAAGUCAGCAGCUUUGCCCCCGCUGCCCAUGGCACAAGGAGCAGGGAGGGCCACAGAGAAGAAGGCUGUCCCCCCCCUGCUCGCCUUCCUCCUCGCCUCCCUCCCUCCAGUUGAGGAUGAGCUCUCCUCCGAGUGGCAGCACUUGGUGCCAGGAGCUCCCGGGCCCUCCAGCCUCUUAGCAAGCACCUCUCGGUCAAGCCAAUGGACGAGUGUGCCCGCGCCCUGGAGCUUCUGGGCAUGCUGCUGUACGUCGGCGCGUGGCUGUGCGUCCUGGGGGCCACCGUAUCCCCGCGCUGGCUAAGCAUGUCCACUUCCCUGCUGCCCGUGGAGAGCUACGAGCUGGGCCUGUGGGAGACCUGCGUGGUCCAGGACAUGGGCAGCAUGGAGUGCCGGGCGUACGACGGCCUGCUGGGCCUCUCGCCAGAUCUCAAGCUGGGCCGUGUGCUCACAUGCGCCUCCCUGGCAGUGGGCGCCCUGGGCUUCCUGGUGGCCAUCCCCGGCGUGUCGCUGGUCAACGGGUGCGAGGAGGACGGCGCCAAGAGGACGUUGGGCACCACGGGCGGGUUGCUGGGGAUGCUCUCCGGGGUUCUGUGUUUGAUCCCCGUUUCUUACGUGGCCCACCUGGCCGUGGUGCGCUUCUUCGACGACACGCUGCCCGACGUGGUGCCGCGCUGGGAGUUUGGCGACGCCCUGUUCUGCGGAUGGGCGGGAGGAUUCCUCCUGGCCGUGGCCGGACUCCUUCUGGUGCUCGCCUCCCGCUCAGCCGGCCGAGAGCCGCCCCCUGCGGCUGGCCCGCAGAGGAGGUACCAGGUGAUGAACACGGUGCUGGCCCGGGCUGAGUACGUAUGAACGCAAAUCACAGGAAAACAUCGUAAUCAAGCAUUGAUCAACAUCUUUCACUUUUGACAUGAACAUAGAGAUGGAAAUACCCCAAUAGAAGCUGCUGUCAUCUGUAAAAAUGAACAAAGUGUGUUUUGGUCCUGUGUCAACGGCACAUAUCAAGCUAAAACUAGAUUGUGUAUGAUAUAUUUAUGUCCUCUGUGAUCUUUAAGAAUCAUAUCAUGCCUCCAUUUUUUUUUGGUGGCAUUCUAUUCUUCCUGUAUCAGUGAAAUGUUUCUAGGUGAUGCUUGAGCGAAAAUAUCCAGAUUGUAAAAUGUGCACUAAAAGUGUACAUUGUAGUAUAAUUUGUUCUACGUGCUGAAUGAUGACAAUAAAUCAUAUCGAGUUUA